AUGGGCAUCAUGCAAUACACCCCCCGAGCACACGGAUGCGCACACGCGUUGCCACAGCAGCGGACGUACGCGUGACGCAGGCGCGGGCUCCACACACACUCUCUCCGGUAGCACAACAAUACACGCUCUCGCCGCUCCCCCUCCUCCUUACGCCUCGCUCUCGGUAUGGCGGACGGCGAGCGGUCCCCGUUGCUCUCGGAUCUCGGCGAUGGAGCUUUGGGCAGUGGUAACGGCGGGAUGUCUCCCGGGGUGGCUUCACACGGUGCUCCCAACAAACCGCAGAGUUUUCCUCCGUUCCCGAGCUCGACUCAGCCUCCUGUGUUGAUGAGCGAGAACCCUCCUCCAUAUUCCCCGUUGACGUCUCCAGAAAGUGGAAGUGCUCCGGUCAUCAGCUGUAGGGUGUGCCAGUCGCUCAUCAGCGUCGAGGGCAAAAUUCACCAACAUGUGGUCAAGUGUGGAGUCUGCAACGAAGCUACACCCAUAAAGAAUGCCCCCGCAGGGAAGAAAUAUGUGCGGUGUCCUUGUAACUGUCUUCUCAUCUGCAAGGUCACAUCCCAAAGGAUCGCCUGCCCUCGGCCUUAUUGUAAGAGGAUCAUAAAUUUGGGGCCAGUCCAUCCGGGUCCAGCCAGUCCAGAACCACAACCGUCUGGAGCUAGAGUUUCCUGCGGACACUGCAGCAACACUUUCCUGUGGACUGAAUUUACUGACAGGACGCUGGCUCGAUGCCCCCAUUGCAGAAAAGUAUCUUCAAUUGGCCAGAGAUAUCCGAGGAGGCGGAGUCUGUGGUGUUACCUGCUGUGCGUGCUAUUUAGCAUCACAGCUGCUGGUCUGAUUGCAGGGACGUGGUCCCAGGCACGUGUGUAUGGGGGUAUUUAUGCCUCCUGGGCGGCGGUGUUGUUGCUGGUGGUGUUGACGCUGGUCAGGGGACUUUACUGGAGCUGCAUGAGGGUCAGCCAACCUCUUCACAACCUCACAUAGAGAGAGAGAGAGAGACACGGCAAGAGAGGGGGGCCGAGAUUAGGGCUGGUGGGAAAAAAAUAAAGUCCACAGUAAAGGGGUUAGAGAGAAUCAUGGUUAACUCUUAAAGCUUGAUUGUAAAGGCUGUAAUGAAAGGUCAAAGUAAAAUCCAGGCUUGAGAAACACGUGGGGAAAAAAAAGCUAUUAUGGCAAAGAAGAUUAGUGUUUUAAACUUAUUUUUAAUUCAGAAGCUUUCUUUGGAUGUGUUUUCAUCCGUGAAUAGAAAUGGAAUUGUUAUUCAUGGUUACAUGCAAACGAGAUUAUAAUUCCAAAUGCUCCCUCAGUUUUAACCAUUUACAGACAUAAAGGUUAUGCAACAUACUCUCAAAACACACAUAACUCAAUCUGUACAUCUUAAAUGAACUACACUACAAUAGAGAAGACACCAAUUCAACCACAUUCAAACCUUCGACAAAACAUUCACUGCUUCUCUAGUGUCCAAAUACAUUCAGAAGCCUUACAAAGAGAGGAAGUACAGGUUGAUCUCCACUAGAGGGUGUUCCAAAACCACACACACACACAACACACACACACACACACACAUACACACACCUGUUCAAACACUGCGAUUUCAAAUAAUUUUCACCAGAACAUGAUUAACAAAUGCGCAAAACC